GGCUGCUGUCGUCAUGGCAACGAAAAUGGCUGACGCUUUGCUCCAAGUGAGGGAACUGUAGAUUAUUCUCCCUGAGUGCGUCUCAGGCAACGAUGAGAGAUAAACAAGAAGAUGGACUGACCAAGAGAGACUUCCACGAAGCAUGGUCUAAUGGUCACACUUGUUCUCCGGGUGAACUGCGUGACGUAGCAUCUCAGUUUGUGGCAGACCUCAUCAUACGGGCUAAGGAGAUGGCACAGAGGCAGCAGUUGCGUAUUGAUGAAGAGGAUGAGGAAGAAGAGGACCUUCCACCCACUCCUUUGAGACACAUUCCAGAAUUAUGUCCUGCCAAGACACCACCAGAGAUCCAGAUCGACCUUGUAGGGUCACGGACCCCAAGCCCAGAGGAAGUGGCCACUUAUGUACCCCCUCCUCGCAGUGGAUACACAAAAAAGAGGGUCUUCAUUCAAGAAGAACCGGAAGAAGACACGUGCGCUGACAUCGCAGACCUUCGAAAUGAUCCGCAGGUACGAGAAUACGCUUUUGCUUAUAUCAAGGGCAUCGUGGAACAAGCUGCAGCACUUGCUCAGGAGAGGAUACCUGUGAAGCCUGCGACACUCAACCAAGAUAACGCCGUACUGAGCAAAGCCGCGGGGCCCUGGUACAGCCGGAUCCGCAGUGCAGUUACUCGAUGUCUUCGUACGGGGUGUCUGUGUGUGGUACGCCGUCAACCUGCCACUUGAUAGCAGUGUGAAUAAGCACCAGCGGAGUCUCUCUUCAAGCUAUUGUGUGGACCAUACUACCUGUGUACACCUUGUUUUUCCAUUUGAAGAGGUUGUUUCGUCUUCACUGCUGUCAUUCCUUUACGUGUCACAUUGUAUGUCUAAUCCUUUGCAGUGUAUUCUUUUACCAGUUUCGUAGCCAGAGCGGGUGAUAGAAGGAACAUACAAGCUGUAAUGUUUAUGCAUUUCACGCAGAAAAAUUCUAUGAAAUGUGGAAACCUGCGAGCACAGGUUUAUCACCUGUUAGCAGCAGAUGCCACAAGAGCUGCCAAGACAUUAGCAUUUCAAUGAAGCAUAUUUGCACCAAGUUUCUGGAACAAGUUGGCUCAGUUAUCCGCGAGCCUUCAUUUAAUUACACUCCGCUUGUCGUUGCGCUCCAAUUGUACUCCGCUUUACGUUGCAAAUUGCAGACCACAGCGAGUGAAGGAAGUCAUUUUAAAUUGCCCACAUUGAGCCAAUGGCAGGCAAGUGGAACAAGUGGUUAAGCAGGACACAGAAAUGGCAGUAACUAGUGUUGCCAGAAAUGAAUUCAGUGGUUCUAUUAUGGAGCAUAAAAAUCUAUCUUUAUUAUUGUAAUGCACCGCAAGAAAUAGGUGUUAUUUUACUUUAUACUAGCUCAUUUUUCUCGCAAAUGGUGUGUAGCAUGCUCAUAUUUUGUGGUCAGCGUUUACUGCCGCGUGCUCUGUGCUCAGGUCAUAAAGAAUGAUUUUGCCUCACGUUUUUGCACGUAGACGAAGCUGGGAGUGAUGCCUUUAUCAACAUUUCCUGGUCAUCCCCAUUUGUGCAAAGAUUAGCUCAAAAACGGAGUCUUUUGUAUGAUGCAUUUAAAUAUACUGCUCUUUUCUAUGCCAUGCAAUAUGUAUUUCAACAGCCGAAGGAAGAUUUAAAGGCAGCCCUAAGAGAACAAUAACUGGUUAAGAAACACGUUAUAUGCUGUGGGUAGAGGUGAGCCCGGAUGAGAUUGACAGUGUUUGCAUCCGCACAAUACCUGCACAUGUGUGAUCUGCGACCACAACACUGCUCGUUGAAAUAGUGGUACCGCAUCUGCGUGGAUAUUGAAUAUAUGUAUACACAUCCCUGGUUAUCGCAUUUCAAAGAAAAAUUCUCUACUAUGAAAAUGUUAUGUUACAAACAAUUUUAGUUUUUAACAUUCUCAUGAACAUUAUGUCAUCCGCAGUUGAAGGAGCAAGGCAAGGAAUGGCACAUUUCAAUGCCAUUUGGGUAUUCUUUACCUGCUCUCAAUUAUGGCUCCCAGCAGGGGAUGUUGGCAGAGACAUUAGUGGUUAUUUGUGGAUAAAAUGCGGAUAUAUCUGCAGGGCCCUCCGAAGAGCCCAGUUUUAUCCGCAUUUUGUCCCCGCCGAUUUCAAAAUAUUAUACCCAUUCUUAUCCGCAAACGAGGAUGCUGCGGAUACAACUGCGCAAAGUGUACACCUCUACUUAUGGGGGACAUUAAGGGAAUAAGCCUCAACAUUUCAGAGUGAGUGGGCUCACACACACCCAAAGCAGAACACAUCUACACAGUUGGACUUGACUGGUUUUUGAUUUGACUACUUUGGCAAUUGCUCCAACCAUUUUCAUUAUUUCACUAUCUUUGCAUAUGUCUUAGUAUUGUACUAGCAGUGGUACAAAAAUGGUGAUGUAGGUGAGAAAAGAGAGUGAGUUGCUGCUCGCCCUUCACCAUAGCAAGUAUGCCGCUGGCAAGGAGAGCCAAAACGUUUACUGUAUUUUCCCACAUAAUUGACACACCAUUUGAACAUUAACAGAGCACAUUAAUUACAAACACUUUGUUCCCAAAUAUGAGUUUCCAUUCCCUGAAUUAACGGGCAUUUUCUCAUUAUGGAACGAAUCAGCAUCUUCCCAUACGAGAUCAUCACCUGUUAUGUCAAGGGCUGAAGAGAUCCUAGUCAUCUUAAAGCUUUUUAUUAUGCUACCAGAAGAUAUCACUCUCCACACUUGGAACACUUCCUUCACGAACAGCUUGUGGUAUUGCACUGUGCGGUAGCCAUCCACACUAUGCAGCGAUCAAACAUACUCUCUGAAAGGCUCUUCCAGGGGCAGGUUAGGAUAACUGGAGCAUCGGCAUUAGUUUUAAUUUUCGUUACUCAAAUAUUUCAGUUCCUGGUGCUGGCCUUACAGCUUCAUUUGCGUUACUAUAUCUCUGUUAGUGAAAUGGCUCCUAUUGAGGUAACACCCCUUUCAGUUCUGUGCACCCAUAUUACGAGAGUAAUUUUGCGUCGGUGAAGUCGCGCACCUUCCCGUAUUUAAAAGAAAAACUGCAGUAAUGAGUCUUCAUAAUGUGCUGAAAUACCGAGUUCAACAACUCUAUAUGGGUGCAAGCAGUCCAGGAUCACAACCACAGAUGAGUGCUACCAAUACUGUUCUGUCAUGCCAAGGUGAAAUGAAAAUGACGUAAAAAUGUUCAUGUGCCAUGCCAGGGUGUUUGUUGUUGCAGAUCUGUCUGUGUGCUUUGACUGGGGUCUUGUCAGCUCCAGAGCAUGUGGUGUGGUACCGUACGGUACCCUCGUCCAACCAAGGUGCAUUAAAUGUACGAGGAAAAAUAAAGUGUGGGGCGUAUUAGUUACCAGUAAGUAAGUCAAUUAUGAGAGUAAAUAUUGCAAAUAUUGUUCUAAACUAGCCUCCUCUUUGGGAUUUUUUCGUUUGCUAGUGGCUGAGCUAGCUUUCACAUAUCGAAACAAUGCAAAGAGAAACUAGAACAUUUGCCAAGAAUAUCAAACGUUCAUACCACUACGGAGCUUCGCAAACCUUUACAUACAGGGCUGGAACAUGUUGAGGCUGGAGUCACUGAAGAGCACUAACUGUAAGGAUCUGGCACUGGAUGAGUUCUGUGCACCCAGCUCCAAAUUAUGCAAAGCAAUUUGCAUUAUUGGAAAGGGUUCACGAUACUUCAGUUGUUACGGACACUGUGGUGAAGCUUGACAAAGCAGCCAAUGGCUGGUGUGCAGAACGAAUAUCCACCAUGGUUGUGAGGGUGUCUUAAAUGUCAUCACUGCAGAACACUUGAUGUCAGUACCCCUGCACAGUACACCAAUUGAGCACUUGUUGUAAUGUGUUUAUUGUGCAUUUAUUUCGUUCUACUCAGCUCCACAAAUGGUUAGGUUUAUUUUCAGAUUAUACCUAUUUCUAAUGUUCCUGCGUGUUUUUUGCACUGUCACAACUCAGUGGCUGAUGAACUGCAUAUUGUACAAUAAAUGUUUGUUAUAUAAAACACG